UCACAAGUUAUUCGUGAUUCGUGACUUGUAAGUUAACAGUUAUCACUAGUUCACUAUGCCAACAAUGUCGAAACUUUUUUUUACUACAAGUAAACAUAAACACUCACACAUAUUGAAAGAUAUAAGAAAGACAAAGUAAGUUGACUUGUCAUGAUGAAAUUUCAUCAUCAUUCAUGAAAUGAUUUAAAAUAAAUAAUUGGAGUUAAAAGUUAACCUGUUAAACUAUGUCAAGAUGAAGAUCAUUAUUUCAUUCACAGUUUACUAAUUUUCAAUCAAUUCAAACUCAUCAAUAAACUAAUCGUAUGUGUAACAAUCAUCAUCAUCCAACAUCACCAUAAAUUACCAUCAAAUUUGGGAUAACAACAAUUAACUAAUUGUAUGAGUAUUUGUGUUGUACAAGAAGAAGGCAAAAAAAAAGUUUGUGUCUACUUGUUGGUUAUCAAUCAAAAUAUAUUUAUUGGAAUUGAAAUUUUCUUCCGUCUUCAUUUCAAAUGAUCAACAAAUUAUCACCAUCAUCAUCAUCAAAUAAUCACCAUGAACUCAACAAUUAAUUUUAAUGAUAUAAUUGAAGAUUCACUCGGCCCAAGCCGAGCAAUUUGCCUUCCAUGGUUAAUCCUAUUAUCUUUUGUCUAUGGAUUAAUAUUUGUCGCCGGAUUGAUUGGCAACACAGCUACGAUUCUUGUGAUACUACGUUUCAAAUACAUGCAAAGUGUAACCAACCUUUACUUACUCAAUUUGGCAAUUGCUGAUCUAUUAACACUUUGUGCAGCGAUGCCUCUUGAACUUUAUCAGCUUUGGCAUCAAUAUCCUUGGGAAUUGGGUGGAUUUGCAUGUCAGUUAAAAGUGCUGAUUCCAGAGACAACGGCAAAUGCAUCGAUUUUGACCCUGGUCACUUUUACCCUUGAACGAUACGCAGCCAUUUGCGGUUCACCCAAAACCCCACCACCGAACAUAAACUCAUCAAGUUCAACGCGAAAUCGGUUCACUAGAAACACUCUCGCAAUCUGGUUACUUGGACUUCUCGGUGCAUUACCGCUUGUACUUUACACAAGAAUCAAUUAUCUCUACGUGAAUGACCAACCACUUCAAGGGUCAGCUUGGUGUGGAUUACCUUUUAAUGAUCCCGAUCGAACUUGGGAAACAAUCAUGUUAUCAUCGACAAUCAUUUUCUUUAUAUUUCCAUUGUUAAUCAUUUGUCUUCUUUAUUAUUUCAUUGCGAUUACCCUUAAAAAAGCAACUCGACUCGACCCAAUCAGCAACAUCGAUUUGCACUUGAAUGAUCAACGAUGUUCACGAAAAAUAAUGCAGUCUCGUAAAAUUGUGAUUCGAUUACUUGUGGCCAUUGUAAUUGCGUUCACCAUUUGCUGGACACCCUUUCAUGCUCAACGAUUGUUAUUUUUGUAUGUUUCUCUUUAUUCCGAGUGGUCAAAUCAACUUCGCAGUGUUAAUCAAGUCCUUUUCCCGAUGGCAGGUGUAUUCUAUUACUUGAAUUCGAGUAUCAAUCCAAUUCUUUAUUCUGUCAUGUCCACGAGGUUUCGAGUUGCCUUUUCUCUUUAUAUUAAUGGCCUUUUCAACGGGACCCGAGGUAGAGACAAAUCUGUGGGAGGAGGUGGAAGAGGUAAUAAUAGUGAUAAUUCAUUGAUACUCAACAUGCCCGGAGGGAAAACACCCAAGAUCCAAUGGCGAUCACCUAAUUUCAUUGAUUCUUGAAAACAGAGUUUCUUGU